GAGACAAUUCCACCUUAAAUGGCGUUGAGCGGGCGCCAUCUUCAGUCCACCUUAAGCGCACGUUGUGGCGAAAAAAGGAACGCCGCGGAGUCCUAAGCGGGCUUCCGUAGCCGGGGAGUCGCACUUGAGGAACAACCCCGCCGAACAUCAUCCGCAUUAUUGGGGGAGAACAUGUCCGGACCGAACAACAAGUACCGGGAGUGGAUACUGGAAACCAUCGACUCGCUCCGCUCCAGGAAAGCGCGCCCGGACCUGGAGAGGAUUUGUCGAAUGGUCCGCCGACGACACGGGUCAGACCCGGACCGAACCAGGGCGGAACUGGAGAAACUGAUCCAGGAUCAGACUGUGUUGAAAGUUAGCUACAAGGGGUCUAUCUCGUACCGGAACGCGGCUAAGGUGCAGCGGAAGAGCCGGAAGAAAGAGGCGGCGGCGGCGGAUCUUGUGAGCAACAACAACGGCGACAGCGCGCUUAGCCUCACCGACCAGGAGGAGGACUCCGGGGAGCCCAGCCCGGAUCACCGCCCGGUGAAGAAGAGGCGAAUUAAUAAGUCUCACGGGAGUGGUGGUGCGGCGGCGGAAGAAGAUGAAUCAGGACCGCCAGAAGUCCGCCCGGACACGCGGGACGGUGAACCGUCCGAGCAAAGUUCCACGGCAUGCGCCGGCGAACACCAACAAAACGCGCCGCUCCGCCCCAAACUUGGACUCGGGAGACCCGCAUCCAACUUGGACCCGUCCGAGCGGAGCCUCCGCCUCGUCCCCGACGUCGCCGUCCCCGCCAAGCCGCUCGGACUGAGAGAGAUCUGGGGCUACCUCAGCGGCCAGGAGCGCCUCUCGGAGGAGAAAGUCAAAGUGGUGAUGGAGAAAGAGGUGGCGGUGAGAGGCCGGCUGCGCAGGACCCGCUGCGGGAACGCCUGCACUCUCCCCGCGCGGGGGGCGAGGACGGCGGAGGGGUCCGGCGGGAGACUCGCAAAGGACAAAAAGGCUCUUCAGGAGAGCGAACGGAUGGAGGCAGCCGGUGAAAUAGGUGUGCAAGAGAACGAAGAGGAGGAUCCCAAUGAGGAGGGACCAACAUCCCUGGUAGCCAUGACAACCACAGCAGGUGUCAAGGAGAAAGCCACAGAAGAUGGUGAAAUCCAAAGAGCCUUGGAGGAGGAGAGUUCUGGUCAGCAUGAACAUAGUGACAAAGAGAGGCUGUCAGGUGUGGAUCCCAUCGCUAUGACUGGGUGUUCGCCUCCUUUGGGUGCUUCCCCAUCACGAUGCAACAGUAAACAUGUGGACCAGACACCUGCCACACCUGAUCAGAUCGAUUCGCUCGAAGACGCCCAGUCGGGCUUUAACGGUGUUGAGCGUAAGACAGAAGUGGGCGUGUCCUCCUGCCUGCUCACACCCACCGCCUCCCCCAGAGACAACGGCCUGUCUGAAGAGCCCGGGAUGAAUUGUGGCGUUACCAAUGGAGGGUUUAUUAAGAUGGAAGGGGCCAGCGGGAGCCCAGUAAACUGGACCGUGUCUGAUGUGGUCUCCUAUUUUACGAGCGCCGGUUUCCCCGAGCAGGCCGCUGCCUUUGGGACGCAGGAAAUCGAUGGGAAGUCCCUUCUCCUAAUGCAGCGUAAUGACGUUUUGAUUGGCCUGUCAAUCAAACUGGGCCCCGCCCUCAAGAUCUACGAGCACCAUGUGAAGGUUUUGCAAAAAACUCACUUUGAGGAUGACGACUGUACAUGAAUACGCGCAAUAGUCAAAUAUUUAAACAGACGCACACAUGCAUAAACACUUCCAGGGCCUUCUCUGCUCAAUGAGUGGCAAUACACAGAAAAAAGAUGUCUCACCAAUAUGAGAAGUAGUCAACAUGUUUUUUUUUUACAGCCGUUUCUCAGUCAAAGUGUGCGCGGUUUUUCUCAUGGGCGUUCACAGAUGCUGACUUUGAUGUUAAAAAGUGAGAACUUGCAGACGACCUUCAAGCUAUUUGGCAUAUCUGUGCACGGUGCCGAGUAGAUUUUUGGAUGCUGUGAAAGGCGCACGUCUCGCUGAGAGUCUCUGCGAGGGGGGAUGUUUAAUGGAGCGUGUCGGAUUGAGAGGCAGCAAAUUAGAAAUUAAUCAGAUUGACACGUCAUUAGGCUCAGUCUAAUGCGAUACAGUACCGGAGCUGGUACUUUAUCACAAGGUCUGCAUUUACAACGAUAGGUGUGAUUGACACGGUCAGGCAGUGUGUUGAUGUAGUUUGCAGUGGUGGACAACUCCACUGCAGGAUACUGAAAUGUAUCAACUAUUAAUUCGCUAUCUUAGACCACAGGUGUCAAACUCAAGGCCUUAUGUGGCCCGCCUUAUCAUUUAUUGUGGCCCUCCAUGUCAUUUAUGUGGCCUGAUAUAUCAUUUUAUGGGCCGCGACAUUAUUUCAAGUGGAAUGCCACAUUAUUUAUGUGGACCGCCGCAUUUUUUAAGUGGCCUCCCACAACAUUUAUGUGGUCUGCCACAUUGUUUUUUAUUUUAAGUGGCCUAACAAAUUAUUUUAUGUAUCGUUUAUAUCAGGGGUCCCCAAACUACAGCCCGCAGCGUCUAAAAUCUGGCCCGCGGGAAGUCCCAGGUAAAAAAAAAAUUAUAAUAUAUUUUUUAAUGUAUUUUUUAUUUAUCCUUUUUUAAAAAUCUGUCCUUUCUCAUUAAUUUUCUACCGCUUGUUACUCU